AUGAAGAAAGAUGAAAAAAACAAUAUGGACGAAUCAUUAGAAGAAUAUGACGAGGAGAAUUAUACAAGUGAACUUGAUGAUUUACCUGAAUAUGAAAGAGAACUGAUAUUAGCUAAACGUCAUGAAGAAUAUAUGAAGAAAAAACAUAGACGUAUGUUAUUAAAGAAUUUACAUAUUGAUCAAAAGUCCAAAGGAAAUAUUCAUGAUGAUACAAAUAAAAGUGUUGAUACUAGUAAUCAAAAAAAAAAAGGAAAACUAAAUAAUAAAAAAUUGAAGUUAAAAAAGAAAUUAUCUGAAAGUGAUGAAGGUGAAGAAAAGGAAGAAAAGGAAGAAAAUGAUGAUGAUCAAUAUGAUAAUAUAUAUCAAAGUGAUGAAGAACAGAAAAAAGAUAAUAAGAAAAAAAAAUCACAAAGUAAAAAAAUUAAAGGAGAUAAUGAAUCAUAUAAUAUUGAUUCCAUUUCUUACGUGAAAUAUAAAAAAGGAAAAAUAAAAAUUUUGGAAGAUGAUGAUGAAAAGAACCAUGAGGAUGAAAAAAAAAAAAAUCAUAUAACUGAUGAUGUAAGUGUGACAGAUCAUUCUUAUACAGAUUCUUCUUAUAAAAAUAAAAAGAAAAGUAAAUAUAAAAAGGACGACACAUAUAAAAAAGAUAAAACAAAUAAAAAAGAUGAAACUGACGUUUCUAUAAAAACUAAAAAGCAUCGUGAAGAUUACUCUGAUGAUUAUCAUAGUACUUCAUCUUAUGAAAAUGAAAAAAGUAGUGAUGUACAUUAUAAUAAAAAAGAAAAAAAAUUACAUUUAAAAGUAAUUUCUGAGGAGAGUCAUUUAGAUAAUAAUAAGAACAAAACAGGAAAAAGUUUAAACAAAAUUUUAAAUGAAAACAAAAAAAAGAAAAAAGAUAUACAUAUCAUUGAUAGUGGUGUUGAUGAAAAGAAAGAUGUUAUUACCAAUAUUUUUGAAAAGAAUGAAAAAAUUAAUAAAGAUAAGGAACUUGAUGCACCCCAAACACCUGAAAGAUUAGUACAUUUAUAUAAAGAAGAAAAGAAAAUAAAAAUGGAUAUAUAUAAUUAUAUGACAUAUGAUAUUAUUACAUAUUUCCAAUUAAAAAAAACAUUUCUUCUUGAUAUGUGUGAACAUGUACAUUUUUCAUAUCAUGUUAUUGGUCAUAUGAUAAAAAUUAUAGAUACCUCCAAGUUGAAUAAAGUUACUGAUGAAGAUAUACAAAAUACAAAUAAUAAAAAAAAAAUAGAUAUAGAAAAUGAAAAUAAAAAAAAAAUAUUCUUCAUAACUAAUGUAAUAAAAUCAGAACCAUAUUUCUCUACAGAUAGAAAUACUAAUAUUAAAUUUGAAGUAGCACAUUUAGAAAAUUUAGCACAUUCUAAAUUUUUUAAAAAAAUCAAAAAUAUUAUGUAUCAAAAUAAAAAAAUAUCAAUGGAUGAAUUAAAAUCAAAUGAAUAUUAUGAAACAUAUAUAUGUGAUAUGAAUAAUAUAAGUGAUCAAAAAUUUAAUAUAGACGAAUAUAAUCAUAUCAAAUUAUUUUCAAUAGAUUUAGAAAUUUUAAAAAUGUUCCAUCUAUUUAUAAAAGAAAAAAAUGAAGACUUAAAAAAUUUUCGUUAUACAGAAAAGCAGUUACAAGACCUUUUUGAAAAAAAGAAACAAAAAAGUUUUUAUGAAAUUUAUACAAAUAAUAAAAGUAUAGAUAAUUUGCCAAUAACUCGUAUUACCGUACAAAGGGAAAUUUGUUCUAUACAAAGAGAAAUUGACAAAUUGAAUUUCGACAAAAAAAAAACAAAUACAAAUGAUACUUAUACAUUGUCAAAGUUAAAUAAUCAAAUAAGUGAAUUGACUAAAAAAAUUACUAUUUUAAGAGGAAAUCUGGACAAAGCUCGAAAAAACCAUGCGGCAAUGAAGUCUAACGAACAUUUCGCUCAAGAAAAAAAUGUCAUCAAAGAAAAAUCAAAGACUAACAUAAAAUCUGCAUUGAAGGAUGAUAUAACAAAUAAAUUCUUAGGAGUAGACGAAAUGGAUAUAUCUUAUUUUUCCAAACAAAUAUAUGAUGAGAAAACAAAAUUUAAUAAUAUGCUUUCUUCAAAAUUUAUAAAUUUACCACUUGAUGUACAUCAUAAAGUUGUUCAUCACUUUUUAUUGGGGACCAUACAAAAUAAUGAUGCGGUUUUUUAUGAUGACCCUUCUCACAAAAUUAAAAAGGAAUUGGAUGCAGAAGUUGAUAAACUCCUUGGACUUCAUGUGAAUAGGCAUAUAACCCUGUUUGAUGAUAUAAAAAAAAAUUACGAAUAA